UAGCAGUUCUAAACCUGGAGCGACUUUACGGCAAUACGUGUCCCGUUAAAUCCAGUGAUUUUAUUGAAGUGAAAGAUCAUGAAAGAUUAAAAUCUGAUCGAAGCAGAACACUUAGCGAUAGUUGUCUACAGAAACACCGAGAAGAACGACGGAGAAAUAAUUCGUUGCAUCGAGACAUGUUCGUUGAUGAGGGAAAAACACACCAGAUGCAUUGCAGAGUUCGUACAAGAUGUCUGUGUUGAAAAAUUCUUACGCGCACCGAAACACAUGUUCACAUGUUAUUCGAAACAAUACGACGUUCAUUUUAACGCGUGAACCUUAACGCAACGAGAAAAUUAAUUUCAAAUAGGAUGAACGAUAUGCACAGAUGCUAUACGUAAUUCUUUCCCAAACAACCUCAUUUCGAAGCACGUAAUAAAGCCUCUACAACAAAGAGUAUACCAGCGUAGAAUCAACGCUUUUCUAGAAACUGUCGGUGCAUUGUCAAUAACUGGCAAAAAUGUAUCAGUUCAAGCCGUUUGUAUUCAAGAAACACAAAGUAAACAGCCUUGAACGUCCGAAAGCCAGAAGUGGCCACAGAAUAGUUUGCAAUCAGAAGUAUUUGUAUUCUUAUGGUGGUUUUAACCCAGGCAUUUCCGACAGUGAUCCUGACAUGCAAAAUGAUCAAGCAUGGAUCUCCAGUAAACCACUUUUCAAGGAACUAUGGAAGUUCAACCUUGUUACUCAACAAUGGAGCCGUCUACCUGAGCAAGAUAAUAUGCCUAAUGAACUAGCAUCAAAUGCUGUCAUUUUAAGGGGCAAUACGUUAAUAGUUUAUGGUGGGACUGGUGUACCAUUUGGAGACAGCUGUAGCAAUAGUCUUUAUUUGUGUCAUCUAGAAGUCGGUAAAAUGUAUGUAGUUCUUGCAAAGGGUGAUCUACCAGAUCCUCAAUAUGGACAAGCUGUAAUAUGUCAUGGACUUUAUUUGUAUACUGUUGGGGGUACUACAGGAUAUGAAUAUACUUGUGAUAUUCAUAGAUUUAAUCUGAAGACUUGUGUUUGGGAAAAAGUUUAUAUAUGUUCUGGAAGCGAUCAGAACGAACCCCCAGGAAGAUAUAGACACGAAUUAGCAUUUGAUGGAAAGCUUAUUUAUGUUUUAGGUGGAGGAACGUCUAUAGAAGCAUUUGGUUUUUCAGAAAUUCCUGCUUUUGACCUUGAAAUGAAUAAGUGGAUAGUAUUAAAUACAUACGGAGACAAUGUGGACAAUACGGUGCCAGAACCUAGACGUUGUCAUGGUUCUGUACAAUAUACAGAUGAAAAAACCGGUGUCACUUUUGUGGUAAUUUCUGGAGGAUAUAACGAAGAUCAUGUUUUCUCUGAUGUUUGGAGAUUAGACUUGAGUCUACUGCAAUGGACAUGCUUAAGAAAAUGUAUACUACCAUGUCCUGUAUAUUUUCAUUCCGCAGCCCUCACACCAGAAGGACGAAUGUAUACAUUUGGUGGCAUAAUUAAAGAAGACAAUAAGGUUGCAAGAACAGAUGCUGUUCAUUCUGUUUGGCUAAAGAUCCCUAAGUUAUCAGAAAUAUGUUGGCAAGCACUGAUUCAUUAUUUUCCACAUUUAUGCCGUAAGUCACAACAUCAACUACUUCUAACAGGUGUACCUUUAAAAUUUGUGCAGAGAAUUGAUUUUCCUAGCUUUUAGUACAUACGCUAUUUACAAAACAUUAGACACCACUCAUUGUUACCAAUUAUUUAUUGUAUGAAUAUCAUAAUUGUUGAACAUUAUUG